CCGGUGAAAUAUGUGUCUCAUUGUUCUAUCUGUGCCACCACCGUAAUUCUGAGUCGUAGGCUAUGAAACAGGAAACGCACUGGAUAUGGUACAGUUUAUGUAUAAUAUCAAUCGUUUUGCAUUGCUCGGACAGCAAUAACGAACGAAUGCAGACAGACAGGUGAGACUGAGUGCAGCGAUGAUUCACGAACGAAAUAUCCUGACUACUUUUAUCCUCUUCAUCUGAUGUUGAUGCUAUAAACGUCACUUGCGUGAUUUUCAAACUGGGGCAGCAGCAGUUAAUGCUUCCCUUUGUUUAAUAUUCAGGCAGCGACAGAAUGAUAGAAGAACGCAGUAAACGAGGCACGGCCAUGGUGGAGAGGAGACAACUCUUCAUGGAGAUGAGGGGACAAAACUUUGACGUCAUCAGACUGUCAACCUAUAGGACGGCCUGCAAGCUAAGAUUCGUGCAGAAAAGAUGCAACCUGCACCUGGUGGAUGUGUGGAACAUGAUCGAGGCGUUCCGUGACAGCGGUUUGAACACACUGGACCACAACGCAGAGAUUAACGUGUCUAGACUGGAGACCAUCUUGUCCUCCAUCUACUACCAGCUCAACAAGCGUCUUCCCACCAUGCACCAGAUCAACGUAGAGCAGUCCAUCAGUCUGCUCCUCAACUUCAUGGUGGCUACAUACGACAGUGAAGGCCACGGGAAACUGAGCAUUUUCUCGAUGAAGUCAAUGUUGGCGACUAUGUGUGGAGGGAAAAUAGUGGACAAACUCCGUUGUAUCUUCUCCCAGAUCUCUGACUCUAAUGGUGUGAUGGCCUUUGCUAAGUUUGACCAGUUUCUUCGUGAAGUUCUGAAGCUGCCCACAGCUGUGUUCGAGGGCCCGUCGUUUGGAUACACAGAACACUCCGUACGGACAUGCUUCCCUCAGCAGAAGAAGAUCUUGCUGAACACGUUUUUGGACAUUUUGAUGGCAGAUCCUCCCCCCCAGUGUCUCGUGUGGCUACCUCUCAUGCACCGACUUGCUAAUGUUGAAAAUGCCUUCCAUCCCGUGGAAUGUUCUUAUUGCCGGAGUGAAAGUAUGAUGGGCUUCCGUUACCGGUGCCAACAGUGCCAUGGCUACCAACUCUGUCAGAGCUGCUUUUGGCGUGGCCAUGCCAAUGGUCCCCAUAGCAACCAGCAUCAGAUGAAGGAACACUCCUCUUGGAAGUCUCCAGCUAAAAAGCUAAGUCACGCCAUCAGUAAGUCUCUGGGCUGUGUCCCCAUUGGAGAGCUACCUCACCCAGUGUUCCCUGAGCAGUUAGAGAAACCCCAGGACAGCGUGCCACACACUGUUCAGCCGAAGCCAGUAGCCAACAUCAUGAACAACACAAUGUUCAUGUCCUCUGGUGUACCUACUCCUACUAAAAGUGUCUUAGAGAGUCCCAGCAGGCUAGAAGAGGAGCAUCGUCUCAUUGCUCGCUAUGCAGCGCGCCUUGCAGCAGAGGCAGGCAACUCCACAGUGAGUUGCUCCACACAAUGUCUUCCAACCGAUCUGAGUUUCAACUCCGAUGCCAACAAACAACAGAGGCAGCUAAUAGCAGAACUAGAAAACAAAAACAGAGAGAUCCUCCAGGAAAUCCAGAGGCUACGUCUGGAGCAUGAGCAGGCCUCCCAGCCCACCCCAGAGAAGGCCCAGCAAAACCCCACACUUCUGGCCGAACUCAGGCUCCUUAGGCACAGGAAGGAUGAGCUGGAGAGGCGCAUGUCAGCCCUACAGGAGAGCAGACGGGAACUGAUGGUCCAGCUAGAGGGACUGAUGAGGUUACUCAAGGAUGAGGAGCAGAAGCAGGCAGCCCAGACAGGAGGCUCAACCCACUCCUCCCCCAGCCACGGGGCAGGCUGCUCCAUGCCCAUGCCGAUCCGCUCCACCUCAGCUGGGUCCACCCCCACCCACACACCCCAGGACUGCCUGGCCGGGGUGGGGGGCGACGUGCUGGAGGCCUUCGCUCAGGGUGUACCUAGAAAUCUUCGUAAUGAUCUGUUGGUCGCUGCAGAUUCAAUCACAAACACCAUGUCAUCACUCGUCAAAGAACUCCACUCAGUAGAUGAUGCUGCAGAGGAAGAGGACAAUCAGAUGAGGAACGGAGGCCUAAGGAGCAGGGCAGAGGAUGAGGACAAUCAGAUGAGGAACGGAGGCCUAAGGAGCAGGGCAGAGGAUGAGGACAAUCAGAUGAGGAACGGAGGCCUAAGGAAAAGGGCAGAGGAUGAGGACAAUCACAUGAGGAAUGGAGGCCUAAGGAGCAGGGCAGAGGAUGACGACAACCAGCCGAUGCAGAAUGAAAAGAAAAGCACAGUGAGAGAUCUGAAACAUCAUUGAGGGAACAACAGCCUCCCCAAACACCAGUCCAUUGAUCUAGCCAGGAUGUCAGACUGGAGAAGAAGAAUCAGAAUGAGAAUCUGCCACACCGACCAAACCCUUCUAUCAGGAAUUAGCACGUAGAGUAAUGCAUGCUGUUAUCAAACAGGAUUUCACUGUGUGAACUCUUAUUAAACAUGUUUGUUACACCUUGCUGCGGGAUGUCUGUUGGCAAGUGUAUAUGUCAUUCUGUAUAAAAACUUGAAGUUGUAAUUAUUAUGUAAUGACGGAUUCCCCCCGUCAUGACUGCAAGGGUCAAAUGUCUAAGGAAUGGCUUCCUGUGCUUUCUCUCAAUCUGUCUUGUUAAUAACAGAUCACCCUGUGUGCAUCAUAAAUCGCAGGUGCACUACAUAGGGAAUAGGGUGCCAUUUGGGGCACUACAUAGGGAAUAGUGUUCCACUUGGGAUGCUAUCUGCAUAAACUGUACACAUUAUAUAUGAUCUUGGGAUCACAGCACUGACCAUAACCUGAAAACAACCUAUUUUCACCAUGACAUGUUCCCCGGCCGUCAUUGCCUUUGUAUGAUUACAGAUCACUUGCUAGUGUGCUUUCAUUAUGGGUUUUGCAUGAAGUUGCCCUGUCCUGAGUCUGACUGGGUGUACUGUAGGUUGGUAGGUACCAUGUUAUCCCAGCUCUUUGUGGGUUUAUCAGUGUUUCUCAACCUGCGGUCCCCGGGCAGCACUGGUCCUUGGGGUGUUGCUGAUUGGUCCCUCAGAUAGUGAGUGGACACUAAUUUAGUCAGUUCUCAAGUGUUAGUUUUAAUCUAAGUGGUCUUCAAAGGAGGAAGGACUAUAGCUGGUCCUUGCCGGUCCCUGGUACACAAAAGGUUGAGAAACACUCUGGGAUUUGUAGUCAUGUAUGUUGUAAAGCCUCAGAAUUCACAUUGAUUACGUCCCAAAUGGCACCCUAUUCCUUAUAUAGUGCACUACUUUUGACCAGAGCCCUAUGGGCACUGGUCAAAGGUAGUGCACCAUAUAGGGAAUAUGGUGCCAUUUGGGACAAAGCCAUUGAGUCGCAUAAUGCUGCUACUGUGUGCUCACUCUGUCGCAAGACACCCUUUUGCAAAAAUAUGAGGGCUGUUUGUUGUUUGGUUAUAGGGAGCCUAUGGGGGCUGUUGUUUAUUUUAAUCAGGGAAAUGUCCCGUUGUUAUAAUCAGAUUCAUUAUUCUCAUAGUUCAUAUUUUAUAGAAUUAAAGCAAAAUGAGAGAAGCUACUAAAUGCAUUUUAAAGCGCAUUUAAAAAUCUAGAUGGUGUCUCGUCCCUAAUCCACUAAACUAGUCACUCAGUAGUGACUGUAUUUAUUGUCCACGUAAAGCAAAGAGAGGGAGAGGAACUCAGAACAUUAGUUUUAAAUUAAUAUUAUAUUGUGAUCUUUCGUUACAACAUAUUCACCUAUACACCUGUACACGUAGGUGACGACAGGAGGUAGACACAGAAAGGUUGUGGACAGAUAAGACUAGCUUUGAUGGCUUAAAAGAAACGAGGACUGUAACAUGUUCAUGUGUCUUAAUAGAUAGGAGCUCGGGAACUGUAGAGGUUGAUGGGAAUGCAGUUGUGACUCCCAAAUUGCACCCUAUUCCCGACAUAGUGCACUACUUUUGACCAGAGCCAUCAGCCCAAUAGGUCAAAAAUAGUGCACUAUAUAGCCAAUAGGGUGCAAUUUGGGUCACAUAUUCAAAAUGUGUGAUGAACUAAUAGUCAGUAGGCUAGGCCCUAAUGGGCUCCAGACCUGCUUGUUUAGGGGUCAGUUGCUGUGUAAUCAUUAAAGAGUCUGGAAGGAGCAGAAAGCAACCCUGAGUCUCAAUAAUCUGGCCUUUUUCCUGCAUUUAUAAAAUUGGAUUGGUCUGAGCAUGUGCUAGACUGCUAUAUUUCUUAAAAAGGACAUAUUAUUGGGACACAUGGCAAGAAGGGUUAACCAGAUGGCAGAAAGGACAGAUUAUUGGUAGACGGGGCAAGAGGGAUUGACCAGACAGCUGAAAGGACAGAUUAUUAGGAGACGGGGCAAGAGGGGUUAACCAGACAGCAGAAAUGACAGAUUAUUGGGAGACAGGGCAAGAGGGGUUAACCAGACAGCAGAAAGGACAGAUUAUUGGGAGACGGGGCAAGAGGGAUUGACCAGACAGCUGAAAGGACAGAUUAUUGGGAGACGGGGCAAGAGGGAUUGACCAGACAGCUGAAAGGACAGAUUAUUAGGAGACGGGGCAAGAGGGGUUAACCAGACAGAAAGUCUGGUUUUGGUUUAGAAUAUUGAAUGAUUUAGAGCAGUGAACAGAUGUGGAGUGGACUAGAGGAGGAAACUGAGUCAGUUGAAUCAGGAGGAUAUCAGAUCCAAUAAAACACUCUCGUCUUCUGAUCGAUGGACAUUUCUGUUGUUCGGGGUUUGCAUUUAUCUCUGAAAUAAAGCACUGAAAUGAAUAACUAGAUAAUAAAUGUUAGGUUUAGCAAUGUGACACGGUAAACUUCCAGACGGAGAAGAGUAGGGUUUGGUUCACGUCAUGUUAUUACAUGAUAAUAACAUGUUAACAUGUUUACGCUAAAUUGAAACACUGGUUAAGCAAUGAACUGUACUGAAGUUGUACUUGAACAUUUAGCAUUGAGAUAAUGUGUAAAGUACAGUCAGCUAUCCUUUAAACUAAUUCCAAGGCCUUAUCAACCUACUACACUGUGUAGUUCUAAAUGUGAUGUUUUUAUUUGGUUACUUAUUUUACGUGAUCUUAUCAUUCUGGGUGUUAUUUUAGUUUGCUAGUGGAAUUAAAUCAUUGAUAAUGCAGAAUAAUAUUGAAGACAUCAAAACUAUGAAAUAACACGUGCGGAAUCAUGUAGUAACUAAAAAAGUGUUAAACAAAUCAGAAUAUAUUUUAUAUUUGAGAUUCUUCAAAGUAGCCACCCUUUGCCUUGAUGACAGCUUUGCACACGCUUGGCAUUCUCUCAACCAGCUUCAUGAGGUAGUCACCUGGAAUGCAUUUCAAUUAACAGGUGUGCCUUGUUAAAAGAUAAUUUGUGGAAUUUCUUUCCUUCUUAAUGCGUUUGAACCAAUCGGUUGUGUUGUGACAAGGUAGGGGUGGUAUACAGAAGAUAGCCCUAUUUGGUAAAAGACCAAGUCCAUAUUAUGGCAAGAACAGCUCAAAUAAGCAAAGAGAAAUGACAGUCCAUCAUUACUUUUAGACAUGAAUGUCAGUCAAUGUGAAACAUUUCAAGAACUUUAAAAGUUUCUUCAAGUGCAGUCGCAAAAACCAUCAAGCGCUAUGAUGAAACUGGCUCUCAUGAGGACCGCCACAGGAAAGGAAGACCCAGAGUUACCGCUGCUGCAGAGAAUAAGUUAAUUAAAGUUAACUGCACUUCAGAUUGCAGACAAAAUAAACGUUUCAAAGAGUUCAAGUAACAGACACAUCUCAACAUCAACUGUUCAGAGGAGACUGCGUAAAUCAGGCUUCAUGGUCGAAUUGCUGCAACAACAAAAAACACUACAAAGGACACCAAUAAUAAGAAGAGACUUUCUUGGGCCAAGAAACACGAGCAAUGGACAUUAGACUGGUGGAAAUCUGUCCUUUGGUCUGGUACGUCCACAUUUUUGGUUCCAACCGCCGUGGCUUUGUGAGACGCAGAGUAGGUGAACGGAUGAUCUCCGCAUGUGUGGUUCCCACCAUGAAGCAUGGAGGAGGUGUGGGGGUGCUUUGCUGGUGACACUGUCAGUGAUUUAUUUAGAAUUCAAGGCACACUUAACCAGCAUGGCUACCACAGCAUUCUGCAGCGAUACGCCAUCCCGUCUGGUUUGCGCUUAGUGGGACUAUCAUUUAUUUUUCAACAGGACAAUGACCCAACACACCUCCAGAAUGUGUAAGGGCUAUUUGACCAAGAAGAAGAGUGAUGGUGCUGCAUCAGAUGACCUGGCCUCCACAAACACCCAACCUCAACCCAACUGAGAUGGUUUGGGAUGAGUUGGACCGCAGACUGAAGGAAAAGCAGCCAACAAGUGCUCAGCGUAUGUGGGAACUCCUUCAAGAAUGUUGGAAAAAUCAUUCCUCAUGAAGCUGGUUGAGAGAAUGCCAAUAGUGUGCAAAGCUGUCAUCAAGGCAAAGGGUGGCUGCUUUGAAGAAUCUCAAAUAUAUUUUUAUUUAACACUUUUUUGGUUACUACAUGAUUCCAUAUGUGUUAUUUUAUAGAUUUGAUGUCUUCGCUAUUAUUCUACAAUGUAGAAAAUAAUAAAAAUAAAGAAAAACCCUUGAAUGAGUAGGUGUGUCCAAACUUUUGACUGGUACUGUAUAUUCAAGAUCUAAGGAAAGUGCUGAGAUAAAACCUUUUGAAAAGGUAAUUGUUUUCCCUCUUCACCCCGCCCACAGAUAGGAAUGCAAUAUUAUGAUUUGAGUUUGCGCCUACUGCAUAGAUGUUCUGUAUAAAGUGCUGAAUAAAGUAAAACUCCAUUUAUGCAGAUAUAAGAAUAUCAAUCAGCCUUUUAGGUAGGAGUUUUAGUCUCAGUCAGUUACCUUGUGGAAAAAUAUGAUUUAUUUAUUGUUGUUCAGGAGGGAAAGUGGAGUACUUUUGUUCAGCCUUUACAUUUGUGCCAAAAUGUUUGCAGACUUUGUGUGUCAUUAUACAGAUAUAACUACAUUCCAUAUGUUGUUGUUGUUGAUGUCCAUAUUUUCCAUGAUAUAAUCGGGGCCAUACAUUUACUUGGUCUUCCUUAAAAUGUAGAACCCCCAACAGUUCUAGAACCAGCAACAGUUCUAGAGCUACAAACUGUUCUAGAGCUAUCAACAGUUCUAGAGCUACAAACUGUUCUAGAGCUACAAACUUUUCUUGAGCUAUCAACAGUUCUAGAGCUACAAACUGUCCUAGCUAUCAACAGUUCUAGAGCUACAAACUUUUCUUGAGCUAUCAACAGUUCUAGAGCUACAAACUGUUCUAGAGCUACAAACUGUUUUAGAGCUAUCAACAGUUCUAGAGCUACAAACUGUUUUAGAGCUAUCAACAGUUCUAGAGCUACAAACAUUUCUUGAGCUAUCAACAGUUCUAGAGCUACAAACUGUUCUAGAGCUACAAACUGUUUUAGAGCUAUCAACAGUUCUAGAGCUACAAACUGUUUUAGAGCUAUCAACAGUUCUAGAGCUACAAACAUUUCUUGAGCUAUCAACAGUUCUAGAGCUACAAACUGUUCUAGAGCUACAAACUGUUUUAGAGCUAUCAACAGUUCUAGAGCUACAAACUGUUUUAGAGCUAUCAACAGUUCUAGAGCUAUAAACUGUUUUAGAGCUAUCAACAGUUCUAGAGCUACAAACUGUUCUAGAGCUACAAACUGUUUUAGAGCUAUCAACAGUUCUAGAGCUACAAACUGUUUUAGAGCUAUCAACAGUUAUAGAGCUACAAACUGUUUUAGAGCUAUCAACAGUUCUAGAGCUACAAACUGUUUUAGAGCUAUCAACAGUUCUAGAGCUACAAACUGUUUUAGAGCAAUCAACAGUUCUAGAGCUACAAACUGUUUUAGAGCUAUCAACAGUUCUAUAGCUACAAACUUUUUUAGAGCUAUCAACAGUUCUAUAGCUACAAACUGUUUUAGAGCUAUCAACAGUUCUAGAGCUACAAACUGUUUUAGAGCUAUCAACAGUUCUAGAGCUACAAACUGUUUUAGAGUUACCAACAGGUCUAGAGCUACAAAUUGUUCUUGAUCUACCAACAGUUCUAGAGCUACAAAUUGUUCUUAAUCUACCAACAGUUCUAGAGCUACAAACUGUUCUAGAGCUAUCAACAGUUCUAGAGCUACAAACUAUUCUAGAGCUACAAAUUGUUCUAGAGCUACCAACAGUUCUAGAGCUACAAACUGUUCUAGAGCUACAAACUGUUCUAGAGCUACCAACAGUUCUAGAGCUAUCAACAGUUCUAGAGCUACAAACUGUUCUAGAGCUAUCAACAGUUCAAGAGCCAUAAACAGUUAUAGUUACCAACUGUUCUAGAGCUACAGUACCACUCGUUCAAAAACUACCAACCAUUCUAGAAUUAUCUCCUUCUAGCCAACAGAGGCAAUAGAAAGGUACAAACUGCACAUUAUGAUUGUUUUAGUGUUAGCAGAGAGAAAAUGACAAAUAAAAUGCAAAAUGACCAACCACAAGCUUCCCAAGAUGUUAUGUAUCUUUCUAUGUGUUAUAUACUGAUAUGCUUCUGGUAUUCAUUUGUUUCUCAUGUUCAUUUUAAAAACAUGGUUUUAUGUCACAUGACCACUGUCUUUUGUAAAUACAAUGAAUCAAUUGUGAAAUGUAUUAAAAUAUUUUAAAACUUCA